AUGUGCAUCGACGGCCAGGAGGACAUGAAGGACGACGCGCGGCCUUUCGGGAAGAAGUUUCACCCCUAUACCGGCGAUGUCUACAAGAAGGUGCCGGUGGUGUCAGGCCCAGAUGGAAGUGCUUUGCAAUUUCCGCUGGACCCCAGUGUCUACUACCCGCCGCUGGAGCCUCCAAAGCCGGGCGUGAAGUGGGGCGACGGCCGCGCGCCGGAUGGCAACUGGUACAUGGAGGUGGACGACCAGCAGAUUCAGUACUGGCAGGGAGUUGGCAAGCGUAAGACAGCCUGCGCUAUUGUGCGGAUCGUGAAGGGCAACGGGCAGUUCAUUGUGAACGGCAGGGACGCGAUCCAGUUCUUCAACAACUACCCCAUCUGGUGGCUGAAGGCGUGCGAGCCCCUGUCGGCUCUGUCUGAGAAGAACUCGUUCGACAUCAUCGCCAAGAGCUUCGGCGGGGGCGUGAGCGGCCAGGCGGGCGCCAUCCGCCUGGCGCUGGCGCGGGCGAUGCAGGAGUACAACUUCAACUGGAGGCCGUUGUUGAAGAAGGCCAAGUACCUGACCCGCGAUUGGCGCAUGGUGGAGCCCAAGAAGACUGGACACGACGAGAACCACUUCGGGGUCAUUCCGCCUAGACUGAACUUGGACCCGGCAGGAAACCAACGGGAGAACCGUAGCGCCAUGGGCGCGGCGCAUCCGAGGUCGGGCUCGCCAGGUCUUCUGGAUAGGCCAGAGCCAGCCGACCAGCUGAAGGGUCCACGUACGGGCGCGGUGCCGGGCCAUGCCCUGGUCGGGAGCUCGGGGAGCGCGCAAAAUGCUCAGACACUGUGCGCGAAGCUGCUGGCCAUCUCGCGAGCGCCCUUGCAGCUUGCGGAUGUGGUACUUACGAUUGCUGCUCUCCUCAGCGCAGUGUGCGCGGUUUGCGCAGUGUCCAAGCUGGUGGAUCUCGGCUGGAUCGACCGGGAGGUAUCCACCUUGAGUUUGUCGCUGGCCUGCCCUUUGAUCACAAUCAUAUCUUAUGUGGCUCCCAGUGGCAUGGUUUUAGAUGCCGUCCGGCUCCUGAAGGCCAACCAGCUGCCGGUUGUGGUCUUUAAGCUGCAGGCGGCCUGCAACGUUCUUAGCAUUGCCUACGGCCUGCAAAUCUCCAAUGCGGCAGUGCUCAUGACGAACAUGUUCGGUCUCGCUUGCCAAGUGCUGUUCCUUGCCGGGGACCACUACGCGUCAGUUGACAGCCAAUGGCUCUUUUUUGCGCUCAAGAUCUCGGUGCUGAUCGAUGUCGGCAUCCUUUGCGCGAGCUCCUACGUGCCCAUGAAUAUCCUCGGCCAAUGCAUCACCGUUUGCAACGUCGGCCUUUAUUCGUGUCCGCUGAUGAACAUGGGCAACCUUUUGCGUACCAGAAACAGCAGCGCCCUCCCCGCCUUCAUGGUGGGCAUCAACGUGCUGAACAAUGCGCUCUGGAGCCUCUAUGCCCUUCUCAUUGAGGACAUGGUGGUGCUGGUUCCAAGCUUGCUGGGCUACUGCUGCUCCUUCUUCCAGAUCAUGCUCAUCCUCUGGUGCCGCCACCUGCUGCCGUUUGACCUGAGCUUCCUCCUGACCUUUUUUGCACGGAAGAAGCCGGACGCCAGCCCGGAGCUCGAUCACGAGGAGGGCUUGCUGUGA